CCGAAUAGGAAGGUGGCAAGAUGGCGUCGGAGCCGAACAAGACCGAAAUUUUGACUAUCUUUAAAAGACUAAGGUCUAUUCCAACAAACAAGGCCUGCUUUGACUGUGCUGCUAAGAACCCCAGCUGGGCCAGCAUACCUUAUGGAGUGUUCCUGUGUAUUGACUGCUCUGGGAUCCACCGUUCUCUUGGAGUGCACCUUAGUUUUAUCAGAUCCACAGAGCUUGAUUCAAAUUGGAACUGGUUUCAGCUGAGAUGUAUGCAAGUUGGAGGCAAUGCUAAUGCGACUGCCUUCUUCCGUCAGCAUGGCUGCACCACCAAUGACACCAAUGCCAAGUACAACAGCCGAGCAGCACAGAUGUACCGUGAGAAGAUUCGGCAGCUAGCGAACACAGCCCUGUCCAAAUAUGGCACAGAUCUGUGGAUUGAAGCUUCAGGAAACACCCACACAGCAACCCCUGAGAAGAAGGACUCAGACUUCUUCGCAGAGCACACUCAGCCGGUGAACAGCUGGGACAUGGCCGCCCCCGCCCUGCAGGAGCAGAAUGGAGCUGUCACCCCUCAGGUGGCGGAGGAGUCGCCGAAGGCGCCCGAGAAGGCCAGCGCCCAACCUGAAGAAGGACCCAGCAUUGAAGGCCUGAGCACGUCUCCCAAAGCCACUAUCGAAGACUCAAUGCGCUUGUCAUCCGAUGAUCCACAGCCUCCUAAAGAUGUGAAGCCCUCUAUCAUUGGGAAGAAAAAGCCCACGACUGCAAAAAAGGGGCUUGGUGCAAAGAAAGGCCUGGGGGCCCAGAAGGUGAGCAGUCAGAGUUUCACAGAAAUGGAGAAGCAGGCACAGGUGGCUGAGAAGCUGAGGGAGGAGCAUGCUGCUGAGGCCAAGAAGCAGGCCGAGGAGUCCAUUGUGGCGUCCAUGCGCUUGGCCUACAAGGGGCUGCAAAUAGACAGAAAAAUGGAGGAGAAGAAGCUACAGAACCUAGAGGGCAAGAAGAGAGAGCAGGCCGAGCGGCUUGGGAUGGGCUUCGGAAACAGGAGUGCGAUUUCCCACUCCGUGAUGUCCGAGAUGCAGGUGAUUGAGCAGGAAACCCCCACUGGAGCCAAGUCCUCGUCCCGCUCCAAGCUGGACAUGUUUGACGAACCUGGGUUCACGUCAGGGCCACCAAAGUACAAGGACAACCCCUUCACAUCGAGCGAUGGGUUUGGCUCGCGGUGGGACGCGGACAGCGGGUCCUUCUCCUCCUGGGCCUUGGAGAAAGAGGAGCCCAAGGAGAGCGAGGUCACCAUCUCCAGCAUCCAGCCCAUCGGGGAACGGUUGCCGAGCCGACGGAAGCCGGAUGCCUCCGUGCCAGUGGCGGAGUCGAGCGAGGCGCGGCAGAAGUUUGCCAAUGCCAAAGCCAUUUCCUCCGACAUGUUCUUUGGGAGAGAUAGCAAUGCAGAGUAUGAGGCGAAGACCCGUCUGGAGAGCUUGGCAGGCAGCACAUCCAUCAGCUCGGCGGACCUAUUCGGGGAUGGCAGCGACCGCUCCACAGGGUCAUCCAGCUUUGACAGCGUGCUCCCUUCUGGCCCAGACAUUGCCCAAUUCAAGCAAGGGGUGAAAACUGUGGCGGGGAAGAUGGCAGUGCUGGCUAAUGGGGUGAUGAACACGAUUCAGGAUCGCUAUGGAGCAUAUUGAACCAAGGAGACUUUGAGAUUUGGAGAAACAAGCCAAAAAGGUUCUGGCUAAACCACCCUGUUGCCGUUGGUCUGUUUUCUUUCAGGUUUUUGCUUCAAGAUGGAAAAAAGGGGAGGACUUGCAUGACUGUGAUCUGGGUGACCUCAAUCUCUCCUUUAUGUCUGCCAGCCCAGACUUUUAUAGACUUCAGUGAUUGAAACAGUAUUUUUCUUUCUUUUAGAAAAAACAUUAUGUUCAGGAAAAAAAAGUAGGAUGGUCCUCAAAGCCAUGGUGCAUCUUUUCUUUUAAGUUUUGUUUUCUAUAUAUCUCUGCAUUUUCAUAGAAGUAUCUGAUUUAAUGUAUUCUUUAAGAAACGUUUAACCAAAUUCCCAGUUUAAUUAUUAGUUUUAAACAUGCUUUGGUUGUUUAUGUUCAAACUUAAGCAUUAACUACAUCUGGAAAGGGAUUCCAUCUUUGCCUGAAUUUCUUCCCCACCUUUUCACUUGUUGAUUCUAAUUGCGAAUCCCUAAUGUUUUGCUGUGAAAUUUAUAUGCUAACAGGCUAUCACAUUUCAUAGAUGAAAGCUCCUGUACAAUUCCCUGAAAUCUGGUCACAAAAAGCAAAAAACAAGGUUAUAGAGGUUUCUUUAAUCUCCCCUUUUUGUGGUGCAGUAUGUUUGAUACAUGAAAUAUUCAUAUUGCAAAGACAUGAAUUUUGAAACGUUCUGCACAACUUAUUUGAUGGAAUUUUUGUACAGCGAUCUGGAGGCCAUGAGUUCAGUUUCAUUGAAAAUGAUAAUGUUUGAGCAGUUUUCAAGCUGUGCGGUUCAACAAUUUUUGACAGAGAGGACUGUUUUUGAAAUGAAAUAUUAUGAGUCAACCAACAUGAAAUUCAUUUGAUUCAUUAUACAGAAAACACUCAACAAAAUGCCUGACUGGAGCUGUAGCCACUAUGUUUCUGUAGGAAUACAUUAUAUAAUAAUCUUUCUGUCAGUAUCGCCAAAGACGUGGUGAAAGUUAAAUGUUUAAUUGGAUGGUGUCUCGAGCCUUAGGUUUCUACUGGAAAUAUUGUGUGAUAAGGUUAUCCUUACACCCCUCUGUCUUACCAUGUUGACUGAUAGUCAGGAGCCAAGGCCAGUCAAAGGCAAACACGGCUGCAAGCCCUUGGUAUUUGGCGGGAAACCUGUGACAGUAUAAAUCUGCUGACCGCAAGGACCUGUGACCCUACUCACAGUCCCUUCAGCAGUACUAAGGCAGGAAAACAAGUUCAUCAACCAGCUGUAUUAUAACCAGUGAGUAGUGUUUUAUUUUCUUUUGCUGUACUGAAAUGGUCCAUUUUGGUUACUCAUGGAUAAUGCAGUUCAUUUAUCCUGGAGAGCUGCCAAGCCCAGUAUAUGCAUACUCUGUAGUCUUGUGUUCAAAAUGUGCGAAGUGUUGUCAUUUUCAGAAUCAUCAUGAUGUGGUGUGUCUUUUCAGAGGUGGCAUGGCAGAGUAUGUUUGUGUGGUGAGGAGCACAGCUUUGCCAGGCAUCACAGCUGAUUCACUGUGGGUUAUAUACAGGUGGUCUCCGCUUUCACUAGACGUUCCUGGAAGCUCGUACCUGGAUCAUCAGGAACUACUGUUACUUUCCCCAUAGACACAAUGAUAUAAGUGGGAGUUACAUUUUUAAAGACACAUGACAAGUCAGAUUUUUCAUAGAAAGGUUAGCUAAACAUGGGAUAAAGUCAAAUGUUCACGAGAUAUUAGGAAGGUAUAAAUAUUUGUAUAUUUAAAUACACUUACGCAUGAAGUGCUGUAUAAAUAUUAUUUUGAGACAGUUGGAAAGACAGGAUGCUGAGAACAGAUCAUGGUGUUCAGACAAGUACUUCUGUGGUGACAGCCGAUAAGAAAAUACUGAAAGGAUUAAAAAAAACCUCAGCUCCUCAUGAAUUUACUUAAUGAAUGACAGACUAAAAUAAUGAUUCAAUAAGAAAUGACAGACUAAAAUAAUGAUUCAAUAAGAGACCCAAAUAAAGAAAAAAAAUUGUAUUCCCUUUAUAUUUUUAUUAAACUAUUGCUUUUUAUGGCCCUUGCCACCUCCCAGUCUAAGUUUUGAUUUUGUGUCGUAAAACAAUGGUGGCAUUUUAAGAUGUAAACACAGAUCAUCAUAAAAACAGAAAGGGGACUACCUUUGCAUGUUAGUCACAUGGUCAAGUGUGAUAUUCUUUAGAAUUUUAAAAUACACAAAAGUGCAUAAUCGAUUAAUAAAUUUCAGUGGUCAAACAAGAUUAAAAAUAUUUAAUCUUGGUCAAAUAACCAAUGUCUAACCUGAUUGUAUGUCCCCAACAGAUGUACAUUUUAGGUUGAAGUAAGGACAGAUAUGGGUUUUUAGAUCUGAUAUUGAUUGUUAUCAUUAAGGGGUAAAGGUUUAUGUGUUUUAGCCAAGCUGUUUGUCCUGAUUGCCCUGCCUGUCUGUCUGUAACCCAGUGGUUAAAAAAAGAUUCAGUCCCCUCCCAAAAGUACAAAUAUUUAUUGUAGGCUACUGAAGAAGCUACUAAAUUUGUGUCAAUAAAGAUUAAAAUCUUGC